AUGCGUUUACUCGAAGCCUCAACCCUCGUUAAGGGAAGCCUUCUCUCUGCCAUCAUCCUGCCAUCGGUUCUUGCUUCCGCUGGUGAGGUUUCACUCUCGGCCUCUGCUCCCCUCUAUCGACGACAUGCCCAUCAUCAUCAAAGGAAACACCUCACUCCAAAGACCGACAAGGCCGGAACCCUCGAGAAAAGAAAUGGUGGUCGGGCCUGUCAAUUCCCAGACAAAAACAGGAUGGUCGCUGUCUCAAAGAGUCAAAUGAAUGGUGGAUGGGCUCUUCCUCCGGAUCAACCAUGUCAACCCGGCAUGUAUUGUCCUUAUGCUUGUCCUCCUGGUUAUCUCAUGGGACAGUGGGACCCUGAUGCCGUCACAUACACCUACCCUCAAUCCAUGAACGGUGGUCUUCUCUGCGACAAUGAUGGUGAAAUCUCAGUCCCAUUCCCUGAAAAGGAGUUCUGCUAUCCUGGUGCCGGAACCUUUCUCGCCAAUAACCUCCUCUCCCAACCUGUCGCCAUUUGUCAAACCGUCCUUCCUGGCCGAGAAGACAUGUUAAUCCCGACCGUCGUCAAUACGGGAUCAUUCGCCACUCUUGCUGUCCCCGGCCCCGAGUACUGGUGCGCCACUGCUGCACAUUACUAUAUUAACCCGCCCGGUGUAUCCGUGGAAGAAGGCUGCAUCUGGGGAUCGACCGCCCAUCCGCGUGGCAACUGGGCCCCUUACGUCGCCGGUGCCAACAUUGACGACAACGGCAACACCUUCACCAAGAUUGGUUGGAAUCCAAUCUAUCUCGAGCCCACCACUCCAUUCAGGAACGAGCGCCCGGACUGGGGUAUCAAGAUCGUCUGCGAGGAAGGAAAGCAAUGCAAUGGUCUCCCUUGUAUCAUCGACCCGGCUACCGAUGCCGUCAACGAAGUUAAUGGUGACGGUGGUUCCUCGACCAAUGGUGCCGGUGGCGCCAACUUUUGCGUCGUCACUGCUCCCAAGGGAAGCAAGGCCAUCCUGGUAACCUUCCCCGCCGGGAAAGGUGACGACGAUUCUGCUGCUGUUCCGGUGGGCGAGGUUGAACUUCCAUCCUCUGACCCGCAAACUUUGGAACCUACCCCGGACCCAACCACCACUACCACCGAGGAAGGAACCACCACCACCGAAGAGCUCACUACCACCGAUGAACCCCCAACCACCACCACCGAGGAACCCAGUUCCACCUCCACCUCCACCUCCACCUCGACUUCCACUACCUCCACCUCGACUUCGAUACUCUCGACUUCCACCACGGAGUCUUCGACCUCCACCACUGAAUCUACCACCGAAUCCUCAACAAGUACCAGCACCGAAUCCUCAACAACAUCAACUAGCAUCAGCUACUCCCUCCCCGUCGUUCAUAAUACGACAUCUUCUACCAAGGCGUACACCCCGACAUUAACUCCUGUCAACCAGGGUCUGGCCAAUGCUACAGCUGAUGCCUCGUUGUUCACCAACGGUGCAUCUUCAACUGCAGAUAUGACCCAGCCAUCGCCCAGCCAAACCAAGGAGAAUGCUGCUUCCUUUGUCGGACCGAGUGUCUUUGCUCUCGGAAUGGUCGCCAUCGCCCAUGCAGUCUUCGCCUUGUAG